CUUCAAGACCGCCGCAAACCAGGAAAUUCGCAAAAUAAACGUUCAUUUGCUGUUGCGAAACAGGCAGACGGAGCUGUCAGUUGAAGAAGUCGUAGCUGGACUACUUGUACAAUAAGGAAACGAAGACGUCAUGCAGCCCUUUAAAGACGUCUGUUGGUUCUUGACAAUAUGGAUGGUCCACCUUGCCCUCAUGGUUCUCACUGUUCAAGGUCAAGACUGCUCCAAACCCAUACCGUUAGAUGGGUCAAACAUGGUUUUUACAUCAACUCAAGAGACAUUUGGAAAUGGAACAAGAGCAAGUUUUGAGUGUUCAACUGGAUAUGUCCGUGCAAGAGGGUCUCGAUUAGUCACCUGUACUGCUGGCGUGUGGAGUACAGUGACACUGACAUGCGAAUUAAGGUCGUGUGGCUCACCAGGAGAAGUGAUGAACGGCCAAUAUAAUCUCUCAGGGGUUCUGUUUGGCGCCAUGGCUGUUGCUUUCUGUGACACUGGCUAUAUGCUUGUGGGCAGUGGUGUAAGGAACUGUAUGGUCGAAGGCUGGGAUGGCAGAGUUCCUGUAUGUGAAGUGGUGAAGUGUGGAAAGCCCCCCACCAUUGUCAACGGUGGACUUGUUAUCCCACCUGAUGAAGAGUACCACUAUGGAAGUGUUGUGGAAUAUAGCUGUGAGAAGGAAUUCACUCUGGUUGGAAUUAAAUCCAUAGUCUGUGAAAAGGACGGAGAAUUCCAGCCAGCUCCACCGGAGUGUAAAAUGGUUUCAUGUCCUCCUCCUGUUGUUGAGAAUGGCGUUAGGAUUGAAGGUCGUCUGCCCCCCUACCAGCACAAGUCUUUUGUGAGGUAUAAGUGCAACGAUGGAUAUAAGAUGAUGGGAGAGGCCAGUCUGACAUGUGAAAUAGAAGGCUGGUCAGCUUCUAUUCCCACAUGCAAAGCCCUUCCGACGACAACAAAGCCCCCUACUACUACUACUACUACUACUACUACUACCACAACAGCUACUACCACAACAGCUACUACCACAACAGCUACUACCACAGCAGCUACUACCACUGCUUCAAAGAAAACCACAAACGAAGAUCGCGUACCUGGUCCCCUUGAUGCUAAAAACCACACUUGGAUCACAUUAGGGAGUGUCCUAAGUGUACUUGUCGUUGGUUGUAUUAUAUUAUUUAUAAUCUACAAAUAUAAAGCACGUACCAAGUCUUCUGAUUUGCUUUAGUCUCCUCUUGCAUCCUUGAAGGGAGUCACAGUGAACAUGCUGCUGUGAUUUAAUGCACUACCCUCCUGCUUAUGAAUGUAGCAGCCUCUCCCAAACACCGGGUUCAUAUCCUUUCAAAGGAAGUUCUAUUACGUGAUUGUUUAGAAACCUCAUGAUGAAGAAUGAAUUGGUUCACUCUCAUUUGGAAGCUUGUGCUUAAUGAGUGGCCAAACCUGAUUUAUUCAAUAACUAUUCAUGUUUCCAGUGUACUUCACAAAUAUCUCUUUAUCUGAGCCUGCUUUAUCUCAUUGCCAACAUUCUUAGUUACAAUUCUCCCCUUUAGGGCAACCCUGCAUCACAAAGCCAGUUUUACACCCUUUUGAAAUAAAGAAUUUGAAGGAAAUCAUAUUUAUUAAAAUAUCCAAGAAGAUUCCCCUGUGUAUUUAUUUGGAUAGUGAAGCUAAAACAUGGCUCUGUACUGAAAAACAGCUUGUAUCUUAAAGCGAUCAGACUCCUGAUCAGCCAACAACCAUCUCCUGUAGUAAGUAGUACUCCUGGAGUAAGUAAGAGACAAAACACACACAAGCUCACACACCUCAUACACGUAGUCGCCAUACUCCCAUAUAUACACCUACAUACCAGUGGAGCCUCCUCAGAGGAGGAAGGGUAGGACCAUCCGUAGUGAAUGUAUUAUUUUUCAAAUAGAGAAAAAUUAUACUAAAUAUAUUCACGUCAUGCAAUUAUUUAUAUACACACACUGUUUUGCACUGAAGGUCUACAGAAGCCGCAACAACACAAUGGUGUAGCCUGAGGACAACUACUUUCUGUCCUCUGGGUACAUUGACUUCAAUUAUGAUAUGACGGUUUGGCUUAGUUUAUUUUUUAUUUUUUUUGCCUGGUUGUGAUCGCUGAUGUCCACACGUGAAGGGAAAAGGUGAGAGGAGGAGCGUGCGUAGAUGCGAGAUGAUAAUAAAAGGGUUCGUGCUGUUUGUAUGUGGCGGCUAUGAAAAUGAACUGUUUGCGUGUGAUCAAAUUCUAAGACUGAACAAAGUGGGAAUAAACAUACCUGAAUUUGUUCAAUAUAAACUAUUUUGCAACUAUUGGACUAAUGAUCACAUCCUAGAUCAGCUAGAUGCAGGCAAGAGUGUGCAAAGCGGUAUUGAAUGUGUCGAUGUCCGUCACCUUGAUUACUCAAAUUUCUCUUGACCCGUGCGCCUACUUUGUAAACUUACAUUCAUAGGCUAGGUUGUUGCAACCUCAUGGGUAUAGGGGAAAAUUGAGAAUCAUGUUGUAGCCUAAACCUAUCGCUGUUACAUUGAACUAGGUGAAUGGAAUAUGAAUUAGUCAUCCAAUAUGCUGUAAUAGAAAUAAGGACAUGCUCGCACAUAAAAUAAUUCUUCCCUCAUCUUAAAUGGCACAGACCACCACUGGUAUACAUACACACACACACAGCCAACGCUGCUGUCCCAUGUAUAUAGAGACAUUAAACACUGGACCAUUUCUGUUAUACUGUUUUCACCCUGUGUGUUCAUAUACUGUAUUCUUCACAUUGCUCAUUCUAAUAGAUCUACUACUGUGCAUUGCAUUGUUGCUACACUGUUUUGCACACCGCCUGUAUUUAUCAACUGAAUUAUUGACAUAGUUCACUGUAAUAAAUCUACUGCUGUACAUAUCAUUCUUUGUGUGUGGGUGUGUGUAUAUAUAUAUAUAUAUUGGUUUAUAUACACAGAUUGAAUUUGGAUUACUGAUUAGUCUUAUUUGGGUUGUUAACUGGAUUCAUCCUGUCAUUUGUGAUUUCUUGUUUCAAAUUUGUUAUUUGUGUACUUGCUUGACAUUUUUUUACAGCACUGUUAGAAGCCAGUAACACAAGCAUUUCAAUGUACCUGCGAUAACAUCUGCUAAACUGUGUAUGCGACCAAUAAACUCGGAUUUGAUCUAUCUCGUC